AGAAGUGGCAUCACAUUAAACCGACUCACCGUCCCUGUUAAAGCUAGAUUAUUCUGAAAGCUACCAGAUAGUUGAAAUUCUUAACUGAAAUGGGUUUGACUAUUUUCGCUAGCCGAAACUUGAUAGUAUUCGGUAUUUUAAUACUGAGUGGGGUAAACAGGAUCAGUGCCACGUUCUUGCCGGGCUGCUCGCAAUGUGGAGCAGGAGAAUCGACUUUGAAAGCUGUUUCAAUGCUUUUCCGGCAUGGAGAUCGAUCACCAGCGUUAACUUAUCCAUUAGAUCCUUACCACGAUUAUCCUUGGCCAGGUGGUUAUGGAGCUCUGUCGCAGAGAGGGUCUCGAGAAUUAUAUGGCUCCGGAUUAAUAAAAUCCACUCGAUAUUCAUCCCUGUUUUCUACUAAUUGUGAUGCGGACGCUACGUGCACUUUGGACCUUAAUAAAAUUUUGGUAUUAAGCAGUGCAAUUCAGCGGUGUGUUGACAGCGUUGAAAAUUUCCUAAAUGGUUUUACUCGUGUCCAAUGGCCCUCAAGUCUAAUUAACGUCAUACCACAAGCUCAGGAUGAGAUGUUAGCUGUACCUGGAAAGUCCUGUCCUUUAUACGAAAACAUCAUAACAACCGGGCCUAGUUUGGAUGCUCCUGAAUUUAAGGCAAUCAUUGAUUUCGAAUCAACAGAGGGUCAAGAAUUUUUGGCUUAUUUGCAGAACAACACUGGCUUUCCAAUAGGAUCGUCCGCUGUUCUGAUGGGUAUUGAGGAUGUUUUAUUGAUUGAAAAAGACAACAAUCUUGAAUUACCUGCUUGGACUGAUUCUGUUUUUGAACAAUACCUCGUACCACUCACUUCCAUUAUAUUUGACUUGUGGGGCUCUUCGCAAUACAUGAAAAUUCGCAGCUCAACUUUAUUUAAGGAUAUGACGGAUAGACUUGAUAAUCUAAUAGCAGAAUCCGAUGAACAAAAUAUUUUACUGUAUUCAGCUCAUGACGCAACUGUUGGUGGAAUGCUUCAUUUCCUUGGGAUUCGGGAUCAGACUGUCGCCAGGCCAUCCUAUGGAGCCUCGCUUAAUUUGGAGCUCCAUGAAAGUUCAGAUAUUGAGGACGAUUUUGAAGUGAAGUUAGUCUAUUUUAAGACAUACGACGACCAGAACCCAAUUGAAGUCAACAUUCCAAACUGUCAAGCGCCAUGUCCUUACAAGCAAUUUAAGUGGAACAUUCAACCUAACCUUAUAAACGACUAUGAUAGUGCAUGUUCACAAUGAUGAACUGACAAACGUUGGUUAUUAACGCGUGGUUUAUGACCUGUUUAUUAUGAAAACUUAAAUCGUU